UUACGGUACAUCAUCCGAAGGGGUGUAUACACAUACACGAUGCGUUUCGAGAGAAAGGGGUAACUGUUCGUUUCCAGGCAGUUGUUCCGCAGGACUUCUGUAUAUUUAACACUAUUUUGGGGGUUGGGAAGAGGAAGAAUGAGAGAAGUCUUCCAGCGGAGCACUCGUAAACAUGAACGGUGCGCUGUACAUCUCGUUUUUCCAAGGUCAGCUGGAGUCCGCGCUCGAGCAAGUCGUGCAGCUCGCCGUGCAGGAAAUCACCAAGACGGUCGGGGCCACAUUGAAUUCAAUGCUAUUGGAAACAGCCACCAAAGAGCAGGAAAACCAGCGUCUGCGGGCGACCAUACAGUCCAGGGAGUUCGGAUGUGCGGGUAAAGGCAAGAGCAGCGCGUCAAAGGGAAGAAAAGAGACGGGCGACGGAACAAAGCAACACGCCCCCAGUCAGAGCUCCGAAUGCGGCGUGCAGAGCGACGCGCUCCGGCGCGAACAGAAAGGGAGAGCGGUCGGUCAGUUGAAAGCGGUUAUGGAACACGUUCUGGAAUUUGCCGUUUGCGAGCUGAGCAAAAUAGUGGAAGACAGCUUCGACGACCUGCUCGUGGAGUUCACCAAGAAAGAGCGGGAAAACCAGAUAUUGAAAGAUCAGCUACGGUAUAAAAACGUAGUGGAGGACAAUGAAAUGGUUGCUGUGGAAACGGAGGAUUGCCAGGACUCUCCUAGUAGUUCCAGAGCAGAAAAGCAAGAUACUCGAAGCACGCAGGAGCAAUUAUCCAAAAAGGAAUGGGAAAAGGAUCAGACCGAAUCUUCCAAUGACCCUGACAAGCAGACCGUCAUCACAGUAGCCCAGGAUUGGGUACCAAUUCUGGAUAAAGUGUUCGGGCAGAAGUGGUGCAGUGACCUCUGGCAGAUCAAAGAGGUCACUACGAGUAAGGAGGAACACAGUGCGCUGGGUUCGUGUUCGAUGACGAACAUGGAUAGCCUGAUUCGAGAGACGCUCAUGCCGUCUUGCCUCUCGUCCCAGAGAAAGCUUGAGCUGGAACUUGAGGUCGGACAGCCACAGUGGUCGCGGACAGAACAUGCGGAGGUCCUUUCUUUGUCCUCGAACACACAAGGCAUUUCUGUCGUCAGUUCCACAGGCAAUGAUUCUCAAAUCCGAUCUCCUUCGAUGCUGCAAAGACUCCUGACUCUCCCAUCCCAGUUGCUCGAGGGCGAUGAAGAAUCCAUGGAGGCUGUUCCCAGUUCGGAAGUGUCUGCGGAAACGGCUGAGUCCAAAGAAUCGAAGAGCGAUCGAACCCCCGCAACCAAAAAAAGGGAACAGGAGGAAGAGGAUGACGAUGAGGAGGAAGAUGACGAUGAGACGGAGGACUACGGACCGUCGAAACACAAAGGUAGGAGGAAAUCUCACGUUUGCAAAGAGUGUGGCAGGAAGUUCAGCCGUACGCAUCUUCUCCGAGCUCACCGACUGACGCACGAGGAUACGGCCAAUCGAUGUUCGCAAUGUGGAAAGAGCUUCUCACAGCCGUCAAAGCUUCAAGCUCACUUACGGACGCAUACGGGCAAAACCAAAUGAUGAAACGUAGAAGAUAAAGGAACCAGUUGAGGAGAUUUUAUUUGGAAAAGAAUUACAAAUGGAGUGGUUGGAUGGAUGUUUCCAGCUUUUUGCUUGAAAGGUUUCAGGAUUUGAUUCUGGGUCGCUUUGAUUAAGAAUUUGACUGUUCAGAGCUUUCAAAUUCAUUUAAAGUACCGGUGAAGGAAAUACAACAUCUAUACCACAUUGUAGCUCUUUUUGCUCAUUUGAAGGUACACUGACGUCACCGUUAAAAAGGAUUUGUUAUCCGAAAGUUCCUUUUAAUGUAGGCGUUCUCAAAACAAAUACUAGCUAAGAGCUGUGUGUUUCGUGUGAAACAGAUAGACCACCAAAACAUCAAUCCAAUAAUUUUUAUAAUGAUGUUUCAUAAUAAAAAAUAUAUCAUGAAACUGUAAA